AUGCCGCCGAAAUCGAAAAUAUUCGCGAAAGCUCGGGCUCGCUUGACUUCCUUCGGCGUCGAAGUCGUCAAAGAACCGACUGGUCAAGUGGUCAUCUUUAAUGGAGGAAGAUUAAAUAAUAUUUCGAAGAGCAAAAUUGAAAGUUUCAUAAGAACAGCGACGGAAAUGGCGAACUUGCAGAUGAAGGUCUUUAUGCCGAAAAAGUCUUAUUCGAUCGUUGAGCUUCAGGAUAAAAGUCUGUGCGAAAUUCUAACGAAUCUUUCCGCCUCGGAUUCCGAAAAGCCCCUUUUUCUUCAAGACGAAAAAUCAAAAGAUGUCUCGAUUCUAUUCUUCCAUAUUUCCAGCGCCGGCGAAGGCGAUCUUGAGGACAUUCUACCGGAGAAGCCAGAAGGGUUGGAGCUCUUCGAGAAUCUUAUAUCAAAGGAAGAGGAGGACGAAAUCGAGAAAGAAGUGAUGAAGAAAAUGGAUUCUUCAGAGCUCAAACAUCGCCAAGUCGUUCAUUUUGGCCACCAUUUCGACUACACGACCAAUUCUGGCUCCAAAGAAGAUAUUUCUCCCAUUCCAGAUGCGAUUGAAAGAAUACGAACGAAACUGGUGGAAGAUUUUGGGGAAGAUUUUGAUCAAAUUACGGCGAAUAUCUACACCCCGGGCGAUGGAAUUCCACCGCAUAUAAUGGCGAGGAAAAACGAUUAUCCCGACGGAAACGUCAGAGAACGGGGCAAUAGAAUUUCACUGACUUUUCGGCGCUGUAUUGACGACGAAGAAGAAGCAGCAAGAAUCAUCGAAAAGAAUCUCGUUAAAGACGUUUACGACCAUAUUGCCGAUGAUUUUUCCGCAUCGAGGUACAAAAUGUGGCCUCUUGUCGAAGAAUUCGUCGAUCAAGUGCCCAAAGAUCAUUUUGUUGUUGAUCUUGGUUGUGGAAAUGGCAAGAACCUGUUGAAAAUCAAGGAUCGUGGGCUUGGCUUAGAAUUGAGCUCGAAUUUGGCGAAGAUUUGCGGCUCAAGAAACAUUGAAGUCGCUGUUGGAGAUUGCACGAGAACGCAGCUGAGGGAUGAAAUCUGCGAUGUGGUCAUUUCCAUCGCAGUCUUGCAUCACAUGAGCUCGGUAAAGAGAAGAGUUGAGGCGUUGAAAGAAAUUGGAAGAAUUCUACGCCCGGGUGGAAAAGCGAUGGUGACUUCUUGGGCGAUGGAACAAACGAACGAAGAGGGAAAAGCUUCAAAUUAUGCGAAAAAGGAAAAUAGCGCGAAAUCACCGAAUUCUGCGCAUUUGCCGAUUCACAAAGCAAGGACGAAUUUUGAGGCGCAGGAUGUGCUUGUUCCAUUCAAAGGCUCCAAGGAGGGAAAAUCGACUGAUCCAGCGGCAAAGCAUCGUUUCUAUCACGUGUUUAUCGAAGGCGAAAUGAAAUCGUUGGCGCAGGAAGCCGGCUGCUUUCAAGAAAUCAAGGAAGUUUAUGAUGAUGGAAAUUAUGUCCUGUUUCUGCGAAAAUCUAUCGAUAAAUAA